GGGCUCCUCAGGGAACCGGCCAUGGAGGGCGAGCGGGCUCCGCUGUUGGGUUCGCGGCGGCCGGCGGCGGCCGGGGUGUUCGCGGGGCGUCGCGCGGCGUGCGGGGCGGUGCUGCUGGCCGAGCUGCUGGAGCGCGCGGCCUUCUACGGCGUCACGGCCAACCUGGUGCUGUUCCUGAACGGCGCGCCUUUCGGCUGGGAGGGCGCGCAGGCCAGCCAGGCGCUGCUGCUCUUCAUGGGCCUCACCUACCUGGGCUCGCCGUUCGGGGGCUGGCUCGCCGACGCCCGCCUCGGCCGGGCCCGCGCCAUCCUGCUCAGCCUGGCCCUCUACCUGCUGGGCCUGCUGACCUUCCCGCUGCUGGCCGCGCCCCGCUCGCGCGCCUUCCUCUGCGGGGACCCGCGGCCCGAGCUCGUGCGCAACUGCUCGGCGCCCUUCCCCAACGGGACGGCGACGUGUCCCGAGGUCGCCGCGCGCCGCUGCGCCCCGGCCACCUUCGCGGGACUCGUGCUCGUGGGACUCGGGGUGGCCACCGUCAAGGCCAACAUCACGCCCUUCGGCGCCGAUCAGGUUAAAGAUCGAGGUCCAGAAGCCACUCGGAGAUUUUUCAAUUGGUUUUACUGGAGCAUUAAUUUGGGAGCAAUCCUGUCAUUAGGAGGUAUUGCCUAUAUUCAGCAGAAUGUGAGCUUUCUCACAGGCUACCUGAUUCCCACAGUCUGCGUGGCCAUUGCUUUCCUGGUCUUCCUCUGUGGCCAGAGUGUCUUCGUCACCAAGCCUCCUGACGGCAGUGCCUUCACUGACAUGGUCAGGAUUCUGACCUACAGCUGCUGCUCCCAGAGAGGACGGCAGCGGAGAAGUGGUGAAGGCCUUGGAGUCUUUCAGCAAUCUUCUAAACACAGUCUGUUUGAUUCAUGUAAGAUGUCGCGUGGAGGGCCGUUCACAGAGGACAAAGUGGAAGACGUGAAAGCCCUGGUCAAGAUUGUGCCCGUGUUCUUGGCUCUGAUACCUUACUGGACAGUGUAUUUCCAAAUGCAGACCACAUAUGUUUUACAGAGUCUUCAUUUGAAGAUUCCAGAAAUCUCAAGUAUCACCACCACCCAUCACACGCUGCCUGCAGCUUGGCUCACCAUGUUUGAUGCCGUGCUCAUCCUCCUGCUCAUCCCACUGAAGGACAAGCUAGUGGACCCGGUGCUAAGGAGACAUGGCCUGCUCCCAUCCUCCCUGAAGAGGAUUGCUGUGGGGAUGUUCUUCGUCAUGUGCUCUGCCUUUGCUGCAGGAAUCCUGGAGAGUAAAAGGUUGGACCUGGUAAAGGAGAAGACCAUUAACCAGACCAUUGGUGGUGUGGUGUACCAUGCUGCUGACUUGCCCAUCUGGUGGCAGAUCCCACAGUAUGUGCUCAUUGGCAUCAGUGAGAUAUUUGCAAGUAUAGCAGGUCUGGAAUUUGCAUACUCAGCUGCCCCCAAGUCCAUGCAGAGCGCCAUCAUGGGACUCUUCUUCUUCUUCUCUGGCAUUGGGUCCUUUGUGGGCUCAGGACUGUUGGCCCUGGUGUCUCUCAAGGCCAUUGGGUGGAUGAGCAGUCAUACAGAUUUUGGGAACAUCAACAGCUGCCACCUGCAUUACUACUUCUUCCUGCUGGCCGCCAUCCAGGGAGCUACGCUGCUGCUCUUCCUCAUUGUGUCUGUGAAGUACGAUCGCCAGCGAGCCAGGACAGAUGGGGGGCCGGCCAGCACGAGGACCUGAUGCAGCCAGCCAGCAUGCUCACAGGUUCUGCAGACUCUAAGGCCUCAGGGCUUGCUAACUACCAGGGCACUGCCAGCAAGCAGAUUGAAGCUUCUGACCUUGCAUGUUGUCUGGACUGGCUUCUCCCUCCCUGUGCCCGGAUGAUGGUGGUGAGUGCCUUACUGUGGCCCGUCUCAUGUGCACUGGGCCUGCCAGGAGAUGAGGAUGUGGCUUCUCUCACUGAAGGUCUCUGCCAGUCCUGAGCCAGCCGUGUUCUCUCUUUUAGAAUCCUGGGCAGCCACCGUUCUGCUGCUGCCAUCCUUAUUCCAUCCUUAUUCCUUACAAGUACUGUUACUUCCUCAUAGCAUCUCCUUUAAGAAUAUUAGCAAGCACUUCCAUCAAGGCAUAGGAGGAUUCUCUUUAGAGGUGAAAGUGUGGCUGAUAUCAAGACAGCCCUAGGAGCUAUGUCUACUCCAUCCCUGGACUCUUGUCACAGGCCUUGCUAAUGCCAAGGCCUUUGUGGGGCAGUAGUGUAGACUCUCAUCUGCCCAGAAAGGAGGGUUGUUGGCUGAGAUACAGAAGAUUUUAUUAGACAGACUCGGCUGCCUCAUGUCUGCUCUCAAGUGCUGAGAUCUCAGAUGUCUGUCACCACGGUCAGCGGGACUUAGGCCAUGAACGACUGAUCUGCUUUAAGCACAUACAUCCGUGCUGAUUGAGGACACCGUGUCCUCAGUGAAACCAGACAGCAGCUGGCAGGAGAUUGGCAGUUACACCAAGCAGAUCUUUUCCCAGAACUUGACUUUGUGUAGCAGUAAGGAUGGAGGCAGGUGGUGAGUGGGGAAAACACGGGAGCUGCUGGGCUGCUCGCCCAGCUUUGUAUCCUUACUGACAUCUGGGGUUCUGAGUUUGUCCACUGUUGUGUGUGUUGCUGUGUUUUGUAUAAUUUUAUAAAAGCUUCUCAGAC